AUGGCUUAUACUGAACGUCCUAGCUCAAAAUCUUUUGACCCUCACUCCCAUGCAGCGAUAGAGCUGCCACAAGGUUUGGCGCAGAACGGUGGUCGCAUUGACGUUGGCAAUCUUGGUUUGCUGCGACCCUCUGCACCUUGGCUUCCAUUGGACGAACUGCGCCGUCGAUUUGAAGAGGAUGGAUACCUCUUUGUGAAAGGACUUUUACCCUGUGAGGAUGUUCUAGACGCUAGGGAGAACUACUUCAAAGCCUAUGCCAACACAUCUCUUCUGCAACCGGGGUCAUCCCCGCGGGAUGGUAUCUUCAACAGCGCGUCUCACCCCGAUCUACACAAGGGUAUUGGUGGUCAAGGCUUGCCAGCUGAUCCUGUCGAGGCUAAAAUUCUUAUUGACGCUCACUCCGACUCCAAGUACCGUGCCUUUGUCGAGCAUCCCGCUCUGACGCAAUUCAUCCGGCUAUUGAUGGGCUGGAAACAGCAUGUGCUGCUCGACCGAACAAUGCUUCGCCAUAAUGUUCCUUUUGGAAUGGGCACUGGAAUUCACUAUGAUAAGCUUUUUCUGCGCGGAGGCGAUGGCUACUGCCUCACUGCGUGGGUCCCAAUUGGCGAUAUCUCAAUCAAUGGUGGAGGGUUGUGCUACCUGGAGAAAUCUGUAGCACUGGGAAAUGAGAUUGAGGAGGACUUUACCACUCGCGCGGCUGGGUUCACGACCGAGCAGCGCCUUUCCGCCUAUAACGUCAACAUGAUGGCUGGUGGAAUGCUGGCCAAGUCGCCCGACGAGUUCGUGUCAGAUCAUCCGGCCUCCAAGUCUCAAAAGUGGCUGGCCACUAGUUAUGAGGCGGGCGACGUGGUGUUCCACCAUCCGUAUACUAUCCAUGCUAGUGGGCGCAACGAGGAUGCGCAGGGGCGCAUUCGAUUGAUGAAUAUUGCCGAAGACACCACCUGCGAUGUGAUGACUCUCGCCCCAAAUGCGAACGAUGUCAAAAUGCUGGAAGAGAAUGCAUUCGUUCCAGCCCACAGCACCCGUGCAUUUGAGUACGUCGAUGAGACUCCGGAAUUGGCGGCCCUCUACGCAGCAGAGACGACUAUUGGCGCGGAGCAGACUGAUGCGUUUCCCUCUCAUCCAACCCGCCAGAUCGAACAUGGUGGCAUUCGCAGCUCAGAACGAAUAUGGGAUGAACCGAGAUUAUCUGCAAUCACUACCCCCCUCUCCGCUGAUCUACCGUCACCACAAUCACAAAACCAGGCCACGCAGGCACAAUUGAGCCUAGAGGAGGCUUGUCUUAUCCGUUAUUUUGUCGAGAGUCUCGGGUUAUGGUUCGACCUGUGUGACCCGGAAAGGCACUUUGCCGUCGUUGUUCCACAAAGAGCGCGCAUCUGCGCUCCUCUCCUGGACGCGAUCCUCUCCGCAUCCGCCCGACACUUCAGCACUCUCCCUCAACAACGUCAACUCGCAAUAACACAACAAUAUGGGUUGAAAGAAGGCCUUGCUAUUGGCGAGGAGUCCAUGCUCGCCUACCACAGUCGGUCUAUCGCCGGCCUACGUGCCGCCAGCCAGGAACCCAACGCGAUCAUGGACGAGAACUUGCUUGCCGCGGUUGUGAUUCUUCGGUUCUAUGAAGAACUUGACAGUCCCUUCACCGAUCCCCCCUCUGACACCGCCAUCCGCGGCCUCCAAGUCUUUCUCGAAGCGCAAGCCUCUUCCGCGAUCCAGACGUGUCAUGGCCUCCGCUCCUCGGCCUUCUGGGUCGGCUUCCGGCAGGAAUUCCACAUGGCUAUCUCCCAGCGUCGAUCCUUCCGUAUACCCCUCUCCACUGUGGCUCACUACCUCCCCACCCGAACCUCUCCAGACCAUGUCUGGACGAACCGGCUGCUCAUUAUCGGGGCGCAUGUCAUUCAAUACUGUUUCCCGCCAGUCCAUUUUCCUGAACAAUCUCCGGGCCAGAGAUCCACCCUCUAUGAACACCUUCUCAACCUCCGCCAAAGUUGGGCGGCUAGCGCACCCUCGAGCUUCACCUCCAUCUACACUACUUCUGCCUCACCCUCCGAAAGACUCUUCUUCCCACAGCAAUGGUUCCUCAACGACACCCACAUUGUGGCCAUGCAAUCCCUCGGGCUCAUCGACCUGUUACUUGCCACGCACGACCCCCACGUUGACCGGCUCCGCCCCCGCAUGUCGCACCGUCGGGCCCUUGCCGUGCUGGACGAAGAGAUCCGUACCACAGUGCGGGAAAUCUGCGGGGUGGCGGUAGCCAACCGGCAGAGUCCAACGGCAGCGUUGACAGCGAGUCUGGCGGUGGUGCUAGGGGCGGAGGCGUUUCGGGAGGCGUCCCAAGCGGAGAAAGACGCGUUACUUGCUGUGGUGCGGGGUAUCAAGGCGGAGAGUUAUUAUUUUCCUGGAGAGGGAAUGGAGGGGGUGAUUUUGGGGGUGUGGGGGAAGAGAGAUUCUUUCCUGAGCUUGUGA